GCGCCAAAAUUUUUUGACGUCUCGAACCAAAAAGCUGUGAUAUAACAAAGGGAAGAUAAUAAACAAACGAAAGUUUGUCGUCGUAAACGUCGUGAAAAGAGUUCGAAAUCCGAACAAAGGAACGACGAUUGUGAGAUGACGGACAAACAGGAUUGUCGAGACGAUCGCGACAUCCAUUUGAUAUCACAACAGCUUCGAUCGAUAACAACAGCCAAUUCUAACCUGCUCAACAGAAACGAGCCACUUGUAGUAUUAACAGAUUCGCCAACAAUGUCAAAAUUCAAAAACAGUCCAUCGAUGAAUUCGAUCAACGAAAACAAGAAGAAAUCAUAUCCGUUGGAAGACAGUUGGUUGCCGAACGAUUUACCGGGUAAGAAUUUGCCGGAAAAAAUUUUGUUUGUCAUCGACACAGUUCGGGAAGAAGAUAUUACACCGUUCGAACCUCGAGCUGGUGGCAAAUUCUCACCUCUUUACAUGAUUAAACGUGUAGUGGAAAUCUUUGUCAACGCAAAAUCUGGAAUUCAAUCGAAGCACGAGUACGCAUUGAUGGCGUUAAAAUCUGAUAGCGUUGCAUGGAUCAGCGAUUUCACCAACAAUAGAAAAACCUUUGCAGCGAGUUUGGAAAAAAUAGAAGAAGACCGUGUUCCCAAAGAAAACGAUUGUUACGAUUUGGGUCCAAGCUUCGAAGCUAUUUGUCAUCGCACCGAUAUGGCUGAAAAUUUAUCCUACCCUGAUACCAUUUCGAGAGUCAUCUUCAUUUAUACUCGUUCUCGGUCUAUACCAACUUUUCUAACUGGCAGAACGUACUUGGAUAAACUCACUCAAAAUUCACACUUUUAUCUUGAUUGUCUCUACGUUCAUGAACCUCUCAGCGCUAGCAACGACUGUCAAACCGUUUACGAUCAAUUAGGCAAUCUGGAUAUCAACCAAACUUCCUACAUCCUGGAAGUUGGCAGAAAUCUUGCACCCCUUCAUAACAACAUGGCAAAAUUAAUUGCCCAUCCGCUACAACGAGCCAAACAAGAUGAUUCUCCAUACAGUGUCUACAAUAUGGAAAAUUCUCAGGAUGGUCAAGCCAAUGGAUAACAAAUCAGUGUUGUGUUGAAAUAAUACAUUAUUAUAUUCGAGGACUCGUAACAUUGUGUUUUUCUUCUGCUGUAUUGUCACAUUUUCUUUGUCUAGUUUGUGUACAUAUGUAAGUACAUUAAUUAAAUAAGAAUUCAAUUUUUA